CAUAAUUACUUUGUUCUACAUUAUAUCUAAACCUUUCAUUAAAUGAGUGAUGAUGGAAAAGAAAUCAACAUUGUUAUGAAAAAAGGAUAACUUAGUAUGCAACCAUCUUAUCUAUAUAGAUGAAAUAGAUUGGCACCAAUGGGCUCUGCCAAUUCAUUUGGAAUCUAAUGAAAGAUUUUAUCUUCCCACAGCUUAGUUCAGGGCCAUACCUAGAAUACUGCAGAGGAGAAUACAUUUUAGCAAUCCAUAUACCAACUCCAUUCUUAAGUCCUUCUUUCAUAAGUCCUUUUGGAAGCUAUUGUACAGUUCACCAGAGAGCAAGGAAUUCUGAAUUUUUAAAAGAGAAGCGAGGAAAAACUACACAGAAAAAGUUUUUCCAGGCGAAAUAAAGAGUGAGGCCUUCAGACUUAUGGGAUAGAACAGUAACCAUAUCACAUAACAAUGAUGUGAAAUUUCUUUGUGAAUGAAGGCAAUAAGCAUCUUUAGUGAAGUCAGUAUUUUUGAACCUUCCUGUAUGCAAAAGGAAUCCAAUAGCAUACCUCUCUUUGAAACUGGUGUCAUUGCUAUUUUAUGAGCCAGUCUGCCGAUGAUGCUGCAGUUUUGGUGUAUCUGAUGUAUACCAUCUGAAUGAAAGAAUUUAACCUCAAUAUAUCUGAGUAUUUAAAAACAAGUUUUUUGCUGUCUUAGAUUCUAGAUAAUUCUUUUAUUGUAGCUAUAUAUCAGUGUCUAAUUUUAAAAUCUAUCUCAUAUAUUAUGAAGAUACUGGAGAUUUAUAUAUUAGCUUGCCAAAGUACUAUAUUGAUCCUUUAAAUUGCCUUAUUAGACUUUUCUUUUGGCACUGUUCACAUAGUUGCUGUAUUUUACAAUAUGAGUUUAUAGUAAAACCUAAAGAGGAAUCAGAGGAGCUUGUAGCUUUAAAACACGAGAUGCUUACAGUUUUUUAAUAUAAAUUGUUCCCAGAAUCCAUGUCACAGCUCCUUCUAUGGUGCUGCUUUUUUUUCUCUUUCUCUCGGUUGCUAUGACAACAGCAGCACUGCGCCAUUCAUCAGCUCUGGACUCAGGCUGCUCUGUUAGCCUUCCAUGUUACUCCUGAAUGUUAAGAACAUCCGUGAAUCAUUCACUCUGGUUAACGCUGCGCCAUUAGAAACCUCAGAACCAGUUCUUCAGCAAUUUUCUCUACCAGAAGAGUAAACUAAACUGCGCCACAGAGAAAACCAUAUAAAAAUAUUUCUCUCAAAUGGGAUUGUACAAUCUGUAUUUGCUGCAGUAUUCUGAAAAAAAAAAUAACUUCAUGCCAAGCAACCUAACAAAAGGAGCUCAUCCGUAUAUUUUUUGAAAUCAUUAGAUGUUCAAAACAAGUAUAGCAGUGCUUGCUUGUGUGGAUACAAAAAGAAGCAGGUGAUGUUGUUAGGGGCUGUCCGCCCCUUUGGGAGCAUCUCUUGUGCAUUGGGACUAUAAUCAACAUCUGCUAGAAGUGUCACCUGUAAGUCAUAGUAAGUUGUUGGCAGUGAGAAGAGCUGGCUGGAGAAGAUUAAAGGCUGGAUCAUUACUAAUGUGUCAGAACCAACGACAUGGCCAGUGAAUACGCCUGGAAAUGGGAAGCCAACUGCAGAGUAUUGACAGAUGAGAAAGGAAGAGGGAAGGCUCCCCUCUGAGGAAGGCAAAGUUUGUUGAGAGCCCACGAAUUCCAGAGUCCGAGCUUGGCUCCCCAACCCUCACUUCAGCUCAGAAACUGGAUGUGGAUGCAUACUGCCCUGGUGAUGUUGAACAAGAACUUGGCCCACCUCCAUCUGUAGAUGAGGCAGCAAACACACUCAUGACUCGUCUGGGUUUCCUCCUUGGAGAGAAAGUCACAGAAGUACAACCAAGUGACCAAUAUAGCAUGGAGGUACAGGAUGAAAAUCAGACUUCAGCAAUCACCCAGAGAAUAAGUCCCUGCUCCACCUUGACUAGCAGCACUGCCUCUCCACCAGCCAGCAGCCCCUGCUCUACCCUCCCACCAGUCAGUACAAAUGCAGCUGCCAAGGACUGUAGCUAUGGGGCUGUCACCAGCCCCACCUCCACCCUAGAAAGCAGAGACAGUGGCAUCAUUGCAACAUUAACAAAUUAUUCUGAAAACAUGGAGCGAACAAAAUAUGUUGGAGAAGGCAGUAAAGAAUUAGGGUCUGGAGGAAACCUAAAGCCAUGGCAGUCUCAAAAAUCCAGCAUGGACUCUUGUCUGUACCGAGUGGAUGAAAACAUGGCUGCAUCCACAUACAGUCUGAACAAGAUCCCGGAGCGAAAUCUGGAAACAGUUUUAUCGCAAUCAGUACAGUCUAUUCCGUUGUAUCUCAUGCCUCGGCCAAAUUCUGUAGCAGCCACCAGCUCUGCCCACUUGGAGGAUCUUGCUUACCUGGAUGAGCAGAGACACACUCCUUUGAGGACAUCCCUUAGAAUGCCAAGACAGAGCCUGAGCGGUGCUCGCACACAGCAGGAUCUCAGAGUUCGCUUUGCACCUUACAGACCUCCAGACAUCUCCCUGAAGCCCCUACUCUUUGAAGUGCCCAGCAUUACCACAGAGUCAGUGUUUGUUGGUCGAGAUUGGGUAUUCCAUGAGAUUGAUGCUCAGCUUCAGAGUUCCAAUGCCAGCGUGAACCAAGGAGUAGUGAUUGUGGGAAACAUUGGGUUCGGCAAAACUGCCAUCAUCUCCAGACUGGUGGCCCUCAGCUGCCAUGGUACACGGAUGAGACAGAUCGCCUCUGACAGCCCACACGCCUCCCCCAAACAUGUGGACGCCAACAGAGAGCUACCACUCACCCAAGCACCUUCAGCUCAUUCAUCUAUUACCAGUGGAAGCUGCCCAGGAACUCCAGAAAUGCGCAGGCGGCAAGAGGAAGCCAUGCGAAGACUUGCCUCACAGGUGGUUGCCUAUCACUAUUGCCAGGCAGAUAAUGCCUACACCUGCCUGGUACCAGAAUUCGUCCACAAUGUUGCUGCCCUGCUCUGCCGCUCACCUCAGCUGACAGCUUACCGGGAACAGCUUCUUCGGGAGCCUCACCUGCAGAGCAUGCUAAGCCUCCGGUCCUGUGUUCAAGACCCCAUGGCCUCCUUCCGGAGAGGAGUCCUAGAGCCCUUGGAGAACCUCCACAAAGAGAGAAAAAUCCCAGAUGAAGAUUUCAUCAUUUUAAUUGAUGGAUUAAAUGAAGCAGAAUUUCACAAACCGGAUUAUGGGGAUACAAUUGUAUCAUUUCUAAGUAAAAUGAUUGGAAAUUUUCCUUCUUGGCUCAAACUAAUUGUAACAGUUAGGACCAGUUUACAGGAAAUUACCAAGUUGCUGCCUUUCCAUAGGAUUUUUUUGGAUCGACUAGAAGAGAAUGAAGCCAUAGACCAGGACCUGCAGGCUUACAUCCUGCACCGGAUUCACAGCAGCUCAGAGAUCCAGAAUAACAUCUCACUUAAUGGCAAGAUGGACAAUACUACAUUUGGCAAACUCAGUUCUCACCUCAAGACCCUCAGUCAAGGGUCCUAUCUAUACCUGAAACUCACAUUUGACCUCAUAGAGAAAGGCUACCUAGUGCUAAAGAGUUCUAGCUACAAAGUCGUUCCUGUUUCGCUCUCUGAGGUUUAUUUACUCCAGUGCAAUAUGAAGUUCCCAACUCAGUCUUCCUUUGACCGGGUGAUGCCUCUCCUGAAUGUGGCAGUAGCCUCUCUCCACCCACUUACUGAUGAACAUAUUUUCCAGGCCAUCAAUGCUGGGAGCAUUGAAGGCACACUAGAAUGGGAAGACUUUCAACAAAGGAUGGAGAACCUCUCCAUGUUCCUCAUCAAGCGCAGAGACAUGACUCGGAUGUUUGUGCAUCCUUCUUUUCGAGAAUGGCUUAUCUGGAGAGAAGAAGGAGAGAAAACCAAAUUUCUCUGUGAUCCCAGGAGUGGCCACACAUUACUUGCCUUCUGGUUCUCCCGCCAAGAGGGGAAACUAAACCGACAGCAGACUAUUGAACUAGGACAUCACAUCCUCAAAGCACACAUCUUUAAGGGUUUGAGUAAAAAGGUUGGUGUAUCAUCCUCCAUCCUCCAAGGCCUCUGGAUCUCCUAUAGCACAGAAGGUCUUUCCAUGGCAUUGGCCUCUUUGCGAAAUCUCUACACUCCAAAUAUAAAGGUCAGCAGACUGCUGAUUCUGGGAGGUGCCAAUAUUAAUUACCGGACAGAGGUUCUAAAUAAUGCUCCUAUCCUAUGUGUCCAGUCUCACCUUGGAUACACAGAAAUGGUGGCCCUGCUUUUGGAGUUCGGGGCCAAUGUGGAUGCCUCUUCUGAGAGUGGCCUGACUCCCCUGGGGUAUGCUGCAGCAGCAGGCUUCCUGAGCAUCGUGGUGUUGCUGUGCAAGAAACGGGCCAAGGUGGAUCACUUGGAUAAGAAUGGACAGUGUGCUUUGGUUCAUGCUGCUCUGCGAGGUCAUCUAGAGGUUGUCAAGUUUCUGAUUCAGUGUGACUGGACAAUGGCUGGCCAGCAGCAAGGAGUGUUUAAGAAGAGCCACGCCAUCCAGCAGGCCCUCAUUGCUGCAGCCAGCAUGGGUUACACUGAGAUUGUCUCCUACCUACUUGAUCUUCCAGAAAAAGAUGAAGAGGAAGUGGAGCGAGCACAAAUCAACAGUUUUGACAGUCUCUGGGGAGAGACAGCCCUGACAGCCGCAGCCGGAAGGGGCAAACUGGAUGUGUGCCGUCUGCUUUUGGAGCAAGGGGCAGCAGUGGCCCAGCCAAACCGCAGAGGAGCAGUGCCUCUAUUCAGCACUGUUCGCCAGGGCCAUUGGCAGAUUGUUGAUCUUUUACUGACCCAUGGAGCUGAUGUCAACAUGGCAGACAAGCAGGGUCGUACUCCCCUGAUGAUGGCUGCUUCUGAAGGCCAUCUAGGAACCGUGGACUUCCUCCUAGCACAAGGUGCCUCCAUUGCCCUGAUGGACAAAGAAGGGCUAACAGCCCUUAGCUGGGCUUGCUUGAAGGGCCAUCUCUCAGUAGUACGCUCUCUGGUGGAUAAUGGAGCUGCUACAGACCAUGCAGACAAGAAUGGCCGUACCCCACUGGACCUGGCAGCUUUCUACGGCGAUGCUGAGGUGGUCCAGUUCCUGGUAGAUCAUGGGGCCAUGAUUGAGCAUGUUGACUACAGUGGAAUGCGUCCUUUGGAUAGGGCAGUCGGUUGCAGAAACACGUCUGUUGUAGUAACUCUACUGAAGAAAGGAGCCAAAAUAGGUUGUCAGACGUUACCGAGUCGCCCACGAGGUCCAGCCACAUGGGCGAUGGCCACCUCCAAACCAGACAUCAUGAUCAUCCUGUUGAGCAAGCUGAUGGAAGAGGGGGACAUGUUUUAUAAGAAAGGGAAAGUAAAGGAGGCUGCCCAGCGCUACCAGUACGCUCUGAAGAAAUUCCCUAGAGAAGGGUUUGGUGAGGACUUGAAAACCUUCCGGGAGCUAAAAGUGUCUCUCCUCCUCAACCUCUCUCGAUGUCGCAGGAAAAUGAACGAUUUUGGAAUGGCGGAGGAAUUUGCUACUAAGGCCCUGGAGCUGAAACCGAAAUCUUAUGAAGCAUACUAUGCGAGAGCAAGGGCAAAACGAAGCAGCAGACAGUUUGCAGCAGCCCUAGAGGACCUGAAAGAGGCCAUCAAGCUAUGUCCAAACAACCGUGAGAUCCAGAGGCUUCUGAUGCGAGUGGAGGAAGAGUGCAGACAGAUGCAGCAGCAGCAGCAACAGCAACCACCACCCGCACCCCAGCAGCCUCCGCAGGAGUUGCCAGAGGAAGAAACAGAGCCUGAGCCCCAGCAUGAAGAUAUAUACUCUGUACAGGACAUAUUUGAGGAGGAAUACUUGGAACAAGAUGUUGAAAAUGUUUCUAUUGGCCUCCAGACAGAGGCUCGCCCCAGUCAGGGGCUCCCAGUAAUCCAGAGCCCACCCUCCUCUCCAGCCCAUCGGGACUCGGCCUACAUCUCUAGCUCACCUCUUGGCUCUCAUCAGGUUUUUGACUUCCGGUCCAAUAGUUCUGUAGGUUCCCCCACUAGACAAGGUUAUCAGUCCACUUCGCCUGCUCUUUCUCCAACUCACCAGAACUCUCAUUACAGGCCUAGCCCACCACAUACUUCCCCAGCUCAUCAGGGUGCAUCUUACCGGUUCAGCCCACCUCCUGUGGGAGGGCAAAGCAAGGAAUACCCUAGCCCUCCCCCUUCCCCUCUCCGUAGAGGCCCUCAGUAUAGGGCCAGUCCUCCAGCUGAGAGUAUGAGUGUCUAUAGAUCCCAGUCUGGCUCACCUGUACGCUAUCAGCAAGAAACAAAUGUGAGUCAGCUUCCUGGCAGACCAAAAUCUCCACUAUCCAAGAUGACCCAGCGGCCCUACCAGAUGCCUCAGCUUCCAGUGGCAGUUCCCCAGCAAGGUCUCAGGCUACAGCCUGCCAAGGCCCAGAUUGUAAGAAGUAACCAGCCUAGCUCAGCAGUUCAUUCAAGCACUGUAAUCCCAACUGGAGCCUAUGGUCAAGUAGCCCAUUCAAUGGCCAGUAAAUACCAAUCUUCACAAGGAGACAUGGGAGUAAGUCAGAGCCGAUUGGUUUAUCAGGGAUCAAUAGGGGGGAUUGUAGGAGAUGGGAGACCUGUACAGCAUGUCCAAGCCAGUCUGAGUGCUGGUGCCAUCUGUCAGCAUGGAGGAUUGACCAAAGAAGACCUGCCACAGCGACCCUCCUCUGCCUAUCGAGGUGGUAUGAGGUACAGCCAGACACCACAGAUUGGGCGUAGCCAAUCAGCGUCAUAUUAUCCAGUCUGUCACUCAAAACUAGAUCUGGAGCGUUCCUCCAGCCAGCUGGGUUCCCCCGAUGUGUCACAUUUAAUCAGAAGACCUAUCAGUGUCAACCCUAAUGAAAUCAAGCCCCACCCACCAACUCCCAGGCCGCUGCUGCACUCGCAGAGUGUGGGCCUGCGCUUUUCUCCAUCCAGCAAUAGCAUCUCAUCCACCUCCAACCUGACUCCCACCUUCCGGCCUUCUUCUUCAAUUCAGCAAAUGGAGAUCCCACUAAAACCGGCAUAUGAUAGGUCAUGUGAUGAGCUAUCACCAGUAUCUCCCACUCAGGGAGGUUACCCUAGUGAGCCUACCCGAUCCAGGACCACACCAUUCAUGGGGAUCAUAGAUAAAACAGCCCGGACUCAACAGUACCCCCACCUUCACCAGCAGAAUCGGACCUGGGCAGUCUCAUCAGUGGAUACGGUUCUCAGUCCCACGUCUCCAGGCAACCUGCCUCAGCCUGAAUCCUUCAGUCCACCAUCAUCCAUCAGCAACAUUGCCUUUUAUAACAAAACCAACAAUGCACAGAAUGGCCAUUUGCUGGAGGACGAUUACUACAGCCCCCAUGGGAUGCUGGCUAAUGGGUCUCGUGGAGACCUCUUGGAAAGAGUCAGCCAGGCCUCCUCUUAUCCUGAUGUGAAGGUGGCUCGGACCCUACCAGUGGCUCAGGCAUACCAGGACAACCUGUACAGGCAAUUGUCUCGGGACUCUCGACAAGGGCAGACAUCGCCUAUCAAACCAAAGAGACCAUUUGUGGAGUCUAAUGUUUAAGAGACAUUUGUUGGAGUGAGACCCAUAUGUUUUCACUGCACAUUUUCAGGCUUGGUUUCCACAUCUGAGGUAGUUCUCUGGCUUAAUUUCUCAUGUAGUUUCUGUGUGGUGUUCAGAGGUGACAGCCCACAUGUUGAAAUCCUUUGCAUGCAGCUGACUGGGAAGCUGGCCUCUGGUGAGCCAGGACUUCAGUUUCUCGGGUCCGUGCCCCAGCCACAUGCUCUCUCCCUCUCUUCCAACACCAACGAGGAGAUUUCGUGCCGUGAGCUUUAACCAGGGAGAUCAGACAUACUGGUCGGCUUUUUCCAGGAGACAAUCGCUUUCACUGAUGUUCUUGUUGUGUGAAUGUCUUUUUCCUUUUUAAAAAAGUAAGAUGUUCUUGUUUGUUUUCUUCUAGAAGCGUUAGGACACGUGUGAUGCCUUUCUGUCCUUGCAUCCUUCCUCAGUGUUCACAUGGCCAGCCCCAAUGCAUCGCUGUGCCAUGGUCUUCUCCCCAGACUCCAGCUCCCUGCAGGUGGCAGCUCUAGAAUCUUCAUUUACUUUAUUGCUGGUCCUCCUCUGGGACAAAGGGGUCUAGGGAGAGUGAGAGAGAAAGAGUAAGAGAGAAAGGAAGAAAGAAGGAAGGAAGGAAAGAGAAAGAAAGAAAGGAAGAGAGAGAGAGAAAGAAAGACGCUAAAUUGAUUGGAAGAAAAGCCCACUAUAAUUAUCUGAAAUGUUACUAUGUUGGUUUUCCAAGAAGUGUUUGGGGAACUUUUAAUAAACAUCCAGCCCUGAUUAGCCAAGGAAAUUCCAGGAGAACUGUUGGUAUUUUUAAAGUACUCACCAAGAGGUAUUCUCUAGGCUUUAACUAACAGCCACUAAAGGCUGCUGAUUUUCCACGGCUAGAGAAGGGAAUAAGUAUGGAGAAAGGAGGAGAAAGGGGGAAAGAUUGUUCUUGCUUCUCACCAAGAGAAAGCUGUGUCAAGUCUGCAUUUUAGAUCACAAAAAGCCCCGAACAACCUCUGAGGUCUGGCUGCUGUCCCUACUCGAUGCACUUUCACCUGGAGCCAGACUGCGUUCAGCUGACGUUCAUUGUCUCAAACCAAGAUGGUAGGGUAAAGAGUUUCUUCCAGAACCUGCUUGGGUUCUCUUGGGACUGUAAGACCCAUCCCAGGGUUUCCACCCAGGCCACUACAUUCCAUGCUGGCUGUUAACUAAUUGCAUUUUAAGACCUCUGGUUUCAUUAUUCUCUGUUAAAGGAAUUGUCUCUUUUAUCUAGGAGUAUUAAAUGGUAAUCUUUGAAAAUCAGAAACAGCCAAAAGUGUUACAGAUUGCUCUGAGCACUGGGUAGGGGCAUGAGAUUGGUAGUAGGCCUUUUCCUCCCUCCGUUUCCAUUCGUCUUGUGGCUGUUUGCUAACCUGAUUUUUGAAAAGCUGAGACAACUGUGAGGUAGGCAUCAAGGACACAGGAACCAAAGCUGUAGCACAGUACCAUCUCUGGGAGCACUCAGUUCUCAAAACCAAGCCACAGGCACAGCAAAGUAACCAUGUUGCUUGUUGCUACCAUGUUCUUAGGGAGCAUUUCUCACUAGUGAAGGGCUGCAGGAAGGACAGUUUCUUGAACCAAAUCCAGCUGUGAUCUGUUUGGAAUGCAGUUCUCUGAUAGGAUCUGAAGUCAUGCAGAGCAUGACACUGAAAUCAGAAACCUUUCAUCACUGAUUUAGACUCUGCCAGUAGAUGGACCCCAGGCCCCCCAAGCCUAAAACAGAUCAGAAUUCAUCUCUGUAAGCAGAACUGCUUUUACUCUGAUAUAGAACUGCCCCAUCCUCCUAGACUAGGAUAGGCACUGGUUAUUUCUCCCUACCUGACCAUCCACCUGUCUUUAUCUUCAUCUCUCCCAUCUGGAAGAAGCUUAUAGCUGUGGGGUCAGCCUAUAGCUGGGAACCGCAGCCUCUCGAGUCCCCUUGUGGCCUGGACACAGCUCUGCUGGUCUCUGCAUCACAUUGUAUCUUACCUGAACCACCUCUGAGGGAGCUCCUACAGUUCAUUAGUAAAGUGUUCCCGCCUGUUUGGAAAGCCGCCCUUACCACCUUAUCUGCCCAGGUGGGUUAGAAUGCCAUGCAGUCCUAAAAAUACACCACAGCUGCCACUAUUACCCAGGGUCCUUCAUUUUCCCAGGAAAAGUAAGAGAGUUAGCGUCUCUACCCCCACCUGAAAUAGCAGUGUCAAACCACAAUUAUUUCCUGUCCAUUGUGAGAGAGAGUGCAUGCCACUACUGGAGCGAGCGGGUUUUGACUAAAGACCACCGAUGGGAGCUUCCUGAGGCAGGAGACAAGCAUCUUCCCUGGAUGCAGACUGCCUGCCCUGCUUUGCUACUUCACUGCCAUGGUUGAUCUUAGUACUGUAUUUUAAAUGUGCCCCUCCCUUCCCAACAAUGAACAUUUGCCAGACACAUAUGGCUUCAGGAUGGAAGACAAAUCUUAAAUGAAACUGGCAAAUUCUUAUCACUCAAUUCACAUCACCCUUAAGUAGAGACAGGUGACAAACUUCAGCUUGUAGGUUUCUCACCCAAACAUGUUCCUUUGCCCCCAAUUCUUGCACUAGUGGGUUUCCAUCACAUCAUGUCUAUAAAUGGGUGCACUUUACUGUUUGAAUUUGUAACUCUGAUAAAUACUGGAUAUUUAAGUGUGAGUAAUGUCUUCAUUAGAAAUUAGAGUCACUCUUGUCUCUAGUGUGUUUUUCAAGAAAAACAAUACAAGGAAAGAAAUCAAGCAGUGGGCCACAGCAUUUAUAGCACAAGAAAUAACGUUGUAUAUAAGCCUCAAAGAGUAAGGAUUUUUAAACACAAGAAAACAUUUGCAGUGAUUUUAAAGUGCUUUUCCAGCAAUUUUCUUAGGGACUCCUGAGACAUGGUUCAUUUAUUUACUGGAUCAGUAAGGCACACAAGUAACAAUUAAAAUUAUUGUUUAUUUACAAAGUAAAGGGAAAACCUCUGUAACAUGAGAAUUCGGCAUGGACAAAUGGAGAUCAUUUUGUAUCUGCUGUUGUGUCUGUCCAGGUUGCAGUCGUGCACUAUUAGUCCCAAGUUAAUAGAGCACAACCCCUCUCGUUCCUCUCCCAGGUGCCCCUUUCUAGAUGUGUUUAACUUAAACUUGAUGGCUCAGGAAAAUUCCACUCAUUAGAAUUGUGUACAGUAUCCCAGGUUGUUGCCCAGAUAUCCAAGUUUGCUGAUUUUAGUUAAGCCUGGAUUAUCACUUUUCCUAAAUUAUUAUAAACAGAACAGCUUAGAGAAAGGUGUUCUCCUCCCUUAUAUUGUAUAGUAGUUUAUGAUUCCCUCUAAAUAUUGGUAUUUUUAUAUUUCAGAGAUAUACCCAAUAGAAAAAUUUUAAACCAGUAUCUAAUUUAAUAUCCAUAAGUAUUUUUCCUUAGAGUUUAGUCAUAUGCAGUGGGAUAUGUGGAUGUCACUUGUGCUUCACCGUACUCUACCACUAGGUGUCACUGUGACUCUGCAUCAUACUUACCUGGUUACAAAGAAUGGCUUCGUGGAGCUGCUGCCAGUGCAGCUGGCGGGGGCCCACAGACUAGAGGUUCAGGAAGAAGUGAACACAAGCCUGAGGGGGCUUCCUGCAGCCAUGCCCCUGUAGCGAGGCAGACUCUGGACACCACGUUUGCGAGGUUACAUUGUGCUCCCUUUCUCCCCGUUAGAAACCGUUCCUCUCAGUUCACUCAGCCUCCGGCCUUUAUAACUCCAGAAGAAUCACAGUUGGGUGGUUGAUUAAAGAUGGUUAUUUUUCUACUGCAGAAAUGCCUUGGACAAAACCAGUUGCUCACUGAAUCUUUGCCACACAAUGGAACAGGCUCCCCAGGUGGCAGGAUAUGCUGCCUCUGUGCCCAUCUCUUGUUGAGCCUCUGAACGCUCAGCAGCCCCACCCACCCUACCUGUCUGCCCUCAGGCUGCCCAGUUCUCAAGAAGGGGUCUUCUACCGCCUUUAUUCUGAGGGCCAUACUGCCCUGCCUCGUGCUUGUUGAGAGGUGUGACUUCUCCUUUUCCUCUGGGAAUUCCAGACUGACCAUCUACCAUGACUAACAAUGAACAAAGGGCUUAGGGUAAGAGCUACCUACAAAGACGCGUCAUGGAAACCUUCACCAUGCAAUGCCUUGAACUCAGCUCUGGCUGCUCCCAAGAAAAGGCAGCUGGCUAGGGGCCUGGACACAAGCACAACGGGGCUGGUGGAGCCACUGUGCAGAGCUACUUGAAUAUUCACUGGGUCUUCAUCAACUCUUUUUGUAAUACAGACCACUCAAGGGCUGAAGUGUUGGUAACCUUCAUUUCGGUGUCCAAUGCCUCACAGCAGCUGAGCCACCCUGAGAUGCUUGUGGCCACGUGAUGGCCACAGUCAGAGCUUUGAAAGUCAGUACCAAAUGAACGUAUAAUUGGACACCAAAAAUCAAGUGUUACUCUCAUGUUUCCUCACCCUGUCAUCUCAUUUCUUCCUGCUGACUAUCGUGAUCCCUACACUAAGCUGACCAGUCAGGCUACAGCUGGCUGCACACAGAUGCCAGCCAGCACCAUCUCCUGGUUUCAGAUAGACCUACUCCGUGGGAAGGACGUGGCCUAGCUGCUUUGUUUCUGUAGCACUUGAUGGCUGGAUUUUUUCCUUUGCUAACCACUAACCAGAAAAUCUGGCUAGGACUCAACUCACUCCCUUCAAUCCCCAGGACCAGACAGAGAGUUAAUUCUGGAAAAUUCCGUACUUGAAUGUACCUGCCUUACUGUGUACCCAUUCACUGGGGGAGGGGGGAUUAGAGAUGUUGGCUCUAGAUAUCCACUUCAUUCAAAGUUAUUUUGGAAAUCCUGUAAGUUCUACUUCCUGUCCUGCUUUGCUUUUUUGCUUUGCUUUGCUUUGCUUUGCUUUGCUUUGCUUUGCUUUGCUUUGCUUUGCUUUGCUUUGCUUUGUUUGUUUUGUUCCUGACAUUUGACUGAUUCCUGCUGAGUUGGGCCGGUUCCCUGUGGGGCCCAGGGCAGGUGCCAUUCUCAGGCAUGGCCUCCCUUCCAUCUAGCACAGCAUCUGUCUCUCUGUUCUGUCUCCUCCAAACCCAAGAUGAUUUUAAUUAGUACAGACAUGUACAGUCUACAAUUAAAGAGUGAUUUGUACUAAUAUGAUUUUGAUUAUUCCUCUUUGCUGUCCUUUCAAGACACUUGCUGGAAAAAGCUUUAAUGCACUUAGUUUUCCUUUAGGUUUUCUAUAACUCAGAUGUAAAGGACUUUCUCUGUACAGUAUAUUAUCCAAUGCAUGUUUGUUCUCUAUCCUGAUAUAUCAAACACCACACGGUCGUGAACUCGUGCAGUGGGGAUGACCCACACCCAGCGGAGGCCUCCAGCCCCGUGAAUAAGGAAGACAUUUUCUCUACUGUACUUGCUUGAACAGUUUUAUUGUCUGUACAUGUGAGCUGUGUGAGAUAGAUGUGAAAAGUUCAAAUGAAUGCAUUUUCCUGCCCCAUGUAUACAGAGCGUCAUCUGUACAAUGAACUGUAUGUAUGAAAGCAAAUGUACGUAUUUAUAAAUGGUCAACACUUGGA